AAAGAGAAGGGAAUGGUUUUUUUUGUAUCUGAAGCAUGUAUAGUGGCUUGUUUAUCCAUAACACUGCUGUCGUUGAAAAAUUAUUAUUGUCUAUUAAACUUGUAAACAGUUUGAAUUAACAUCAAAUUAGAAUUCUUAAAUAAUUUAUAAAUUGCAUGUUAAUUAAAAUGCAUCUUAUGGAAAUCAAAAAAAGGAUCAAAUAACAUUCGUAACAUCAGUAUUAUGAAAGCCAGACUUAGAGGAUUUUCAUUCAAGAAAUUGAGGAUGGGGUGCACAUUUUUACAAAUCUGUUUAUUUAUAAAUAAAAACACUCUACUGUAGAUAUAAAGUUAAUAUGCAUGAACAAAUAAUGAAGCAGCAUUUUAGUUGGAAAAAUAACGUCGAUCAAUUUGUCUUUAAAAAUUGCUUAAAUGAUCAAAUUUGUCGCAGAAAUUUUAAAUUAAGAAAAAAGUUGUGUGAAUAUAAUCAAAAAUAUAAAGAAGAGAAUGACAGUGAGUUAAAAUCUAUUGCAAAAACCGGAACGCUAAUAAUCAGUACUUCACCACCACAUCGAACUUCCAAUACAUUUAGCAUAAAAUAUUUUACGUCGUCAUUACCAAUAAGAUUAUCCAAUUCAUUUUCAUAUUCAACGCAAUCGAAUACAACGAAAAACUUCAUGCUCUCACUUAUUUUUAAUUCUGUUCAUGAUUUAAUAGUAAGAAAAUCUCUUAAACAGAUUACCGGAAGCCUGUUAACAUUAAUGACUUUGUUGGGAAAUCAAUAUUACAAAACGCAUUUGGAAAAAAUAGUUUUGUUCACCACGCAAAUGUUGCCAUUUUGUACAGGAAUAACUUGUAAAAUUCAACUAAGACUACACAGUCUUUUGUUCGCUUGGUUUUGGUUGGUCUUCACGUUGCAUAUUGGUUUUGGAUCGGCAGAUCAAGUAAUAUUACUGGAUACAACAAGAGAAGCGACACUAGAAUGGACACGAUAUCCUUAUGGACCUCAGGCUCAAACCCCAGGAUGGGUUGAGGAGUCAUUUACCGAUUUUGUGAAAGGUAUAAACUGGAGAAGUUAUGUAGUGUGUGAUGUUGCCUACCACAAUGUUAACAACUGGUUGUGGUCGCCUUUUAUUGAUCGUGGUCCAGCCAAUCGACUGUAUAUAGAAAUACAGUUUACAAUUCGAGAUUGUUCUUUAUUUCCAGGAAAUGCUUUGUCAUGCAAGGAAACGUUUAGCUUAUUAUAUUAUGAAUUUGAUGCAGCAACACGAGAACCACCGCCAUGGCAAACUGAUAGUUAUAAACUAAUUGCUCGAAUAGCUGCUGGAGAAGGACGUUUUAAUCAAAACUCAGAUGUUGAUAUUAAUACUGAAGUAAAAAGUAUAGCUGUCACAAAAAAAGGAGUCUACUUCGCUUUUCGUGAUCAAGGAGCGUGUAUAAGCGUAUUAGCUGUAAAAGUUUAUUAUAUAACUUGCCCUGCAGUAACCGAAAAUUUUGCACAUUUCAAUGAAACUCCAACAGGCCGGGAGAUCACAAUAAUUGAAAAGCAGAAUGGUACUUGCGUUGAAAAUGCUGAACCCUAUGAACCGCCCACUUACUUAUGUAAGGGAGACGGCAAAUGGACAAUUCUAAAUGGUGGAUGUCGUUGCAAAGUAGGAUUCGAGCCUGACAAUAUAAAUAAAACGUGUAAUGAAUGUGCUGCUGGAACGUUUCGUUCAGAUGAAAUUGCUAAUUGCAUUCAAUGUCCGCCAAAUUCAAAUGCCUUAAAAUCAGGAGCAGCAUUUUGUAAAUGUUUGCCAGGAUUUUAUCGACAUCCUCGAGAUGGUAAACAUAUGCCUUGUUAUAAAGCUCCUGGACCUCCAACUAAUCUCACACUGCUGUUCGUUGAUCAAACAAGUGCAAUACUUUCUUGGAACUCGCCUGUUCGAGACAGUGCAGAAUCAGUAUUCAAUAUAAAAAAUACAAAAUAUCGUAGUGAUAUUAUAUAUAAAGCGCGUUGUAGUUCUUGUUCACCGAAUGUAGUAUUUAAUCCCAGUACUGAUACUUUUAAUGAUACUAAGUUAACUUUGACUAAUUUGGAAGCUGUUACAACUUACGUAGUACAAAUUCAUACUAUAAAUGGACUUUCUUAUAUAGAAUCAGAAAUAUAUCUAAACGAUACUAUUGUUGGAAACACUGCUGUUGAAACUUUAGGAAUUUCAGAUACUAAGCCUAUAACUCCGAAACGUAGUCAACAAUCAAUAGACUUUGAUAAUAUAAAAACUGAGUAUGCUGAAAUAAGUUUUACAACGGAAUCAGCAAUUUUGUCCACUGUUUUUAAUGUACGUGUUUUGAGUACAACCAGUAAUGAAGUGGAUUUAGUUUGGGAUAAACCUGUGCAGAGUGACGCACCAAUUGAAUUUUAUGAAGUACGUUGGUUUCCAAAAUCCGAACUAGAUGCAAUCAAUAAAACUGCCUUAAAUACAAGAGAAACGAAAGCACACAUUGAAGGACUUAAUGAAAAUACAGAAUAUGGCUUUCAAGUACGGUGUAAAACUUUAAACGGCUUUGGUACUUAUAGCAAUAUUGUUUAUGCACAUACUCAUCAAGCUGUUAGUUCAGUAUAUGACGAUUCAAUACAAAUGCGUAUUAUUGCCGGGGCUACAGUUGCAGUUGUUUUUAUAUUAGUUCUUGUUAUUGUAGCAACUGUUUUAUUUUUGCGAUCUAAACAUCAAGAUGAUUUAGACAAAAAAUCAAGUAACCAUCUGCCAUUGCCAUUGGAUUACGCAAGUAAUGAAGUUCAUGCUGUGGAUACUACACCAAUAGUUAAAACGAUUCAAUCAAACGUGACUACUCCAUUGUUUGGCAACAGUCGUAGUUAUGUUGACCCUCAUACUUAUGAAGAUCCGAACCAGGCAAUUCGAGAAUUUGCAAGAGAAAUUGAUGCAAAUUAUAUCACUAUCGAAGCUAUAAUAGGUGGGGGAGAAUUUGGAGAUGUAUGCCGAGGUCGUUUAAAAAUACCGCCGAACUUUGUACAAGACAUUGAUGUCGCCAUUAAAACCUUAAAACCAGGAUCUUCUGAAAAGGCGCGAUGUGACUUUUUAACAGAGGCCUCCAUAAUGGGACAAUUUGAUCACCCUAACGUUAUAUAUUUACAGGGUGUAGUUACACGGUCAAAUCCAGUUAUGAUUAUAACAGAAUAUAUGGAAAAUGGAAGUCUGGACACAUUUUUACGUGUUAAUGAUGGAAAAUUUCAAACUCUUCAGUUAAUUGUUAUGCUGCGAGGUAUAGCAAGUGGAAUGUCGUACUUAAGUGAUAUGAAUUAUGUACACCGUGAUUUGGCUGCACGAAAUGUACUAGUUAAUGCUCAAUUAAUAUGCAAGAUUGCAGAUUUUGGACUCUCGCGUGAGAUUGAAAACGCUAGCGAUGCUUAUACUACAAGGGGUGGCAAAAUUCCAGUACGUUGGACUGCUCCCGAAGCUAUAGCCUUUAGAAAGUUUACUUCUGCUUCAGAUGUUUGGUCUUAUGGUGUAGUUUUGUGGGAAGUAAUGUCAUAUGGUGAACGACCCUAUUGGAAUUGGUCUAAUCAGGAUGUAAUAAAGAGUAUUGAAAAAGGUUACAGACUGCCAGCUCCAAUGGACUGUCCUGAAGCUUUAUAUCAAUUAAUGUUAGAUUGUUGGCAAAAACAACGUACUCACAGACCAACGUUUUCAAGUAUAGUCUCAACACUUGAUAAUUUAGCAAGACAGCCUCAAACUUUACUUACUACAAGAAAUUCACCAGAGACCGAUGGUACACAUAUCAUGGAUGGACAGCGUGGUCAUAAUAUUUUUAUUAGUACUGAUUUAUGGUUAGAAAACAUAAAAAUGUCACGUUAUUCGCAACAUUUCAAAGAGGCUAAUUUGGUGACAGCGCAACAGAUCUCUAGAUUAACGGCUCAGCAGUUAUCUGAUAUGGGUAUCACAUUAGUUGGACAUCAGAAAAAGAUCUUACAUCAAGCUAGACAGUUGGACACCAUAAUUUAACGACUUCAUUACAUAUAUAUUUAAUUAUUCCUUUGAUAUGUAAAUAUUAUGCACGUGUGAAAAUUUAAAAA